AUGCGCCGCGCCGUCGUGAGCUACGAAGACCUGCCGCACGACGCUGCAGCCGUGCAGCAUGCUGCGACAGAGGCUGUGGCCGAAGCGGGGGUAAAAAAGCGGCGGAAAACGAACGAGGGGGGAGAGAAGCGAUACCAUGGGCCGCACUGGGACGAGCAGGGGCCGACGUCGUCCAAGGCCGCGCCGGCUUGGUCGCAGCUGGAGGCGGACGACAUUCUCGACUCGGACGACGCGGUGGUCGCGUCGCCAACGAUGGACGACUCUCCAUUUCUUGAAAGCGUCGAGGUGCCGAGUGGAGCGGCGCUCAUGUCGCGGGACGUAUGGGACGACCAGUUCUUGCUGGACGCCUGGAACGCCGCCGAAGAAGAGUACGCUGCGUUUCACCGGCGGCGCUCGGACGCUCUUGACGAGGAAGAGGAGGAAGAGAAGGAGGGACUAUGGUACAGUCUUCCGACCGAGGACGAGCAGGCGCGUGGAACAUGGGAGGACGAAGAGGACGACGACGAAUACGACAAUGGCGACCACGACGAUAGCGACAACGAUACCUAUACCCCCGGCUGGAAGGCCGCACAGCGCAUCGUCGCCGCGACGCCCAAUUCGAUUGGCGCAUCGUCUUCUACGCCGGCACCCUCCGCCGUCCCACCUGCGCCGUCGCUUGCCCUGCCUGCCGGCGUCGCAGCGAGCGAUACGCUCCAGAGCCUCGUCAUGGCUUGGUACUAUACGGGCUACUACACGGCCCUCUACCAGCGGGAACAAGAAGCGAGUUCACUGUCAUGA